AUGAAGGUAUUGAAAUGUCAAGCAGUUUUGGCGGGAACUACUCUAUACCUGUCUGGACAACUGGGAAUAGAACCUGUCACACUUAGACUGGUUCCUGGUAGCAUAAUUCCUGAAACAGAACAUAUAUUCAAGAAUAUUCGUGCCGUAUUAGAGGCUACUGGGGGUAGUUUAAAGGAUGUUGUCAAAGUAACAGUUUUCCUGACAAAUUUAAAAGAGUAUUCUGCCUUUAAUGCAGUAUGUAUGAAAUUCUUUCCAAAAGAUUUCCCUGCUCGAUCAUCUUGUCAAGUAGUAGCCAUAUCACAAACAGAAAUCCAUACCCCUUGAGAAAUGCUAUUCAAGGAAACCUCAUACUCCCUAAACCAAAAACAGAAUUGUUCAAAAAAUCUUUUAUGUAUGCUGGACCAUUCUUGUGGAAUAAUUUGCCAAUACCGUUAAAAAAUAUUACAAAUGUUAAUUCUUUCAAAUACAAAAUAACAGAUCAUUUAUUGAAAUCAACCUAGCUGUAAAAAAAAUAUUGAAAACUGAUUAUGUCAUCACGUUUAUUUUUUCAUAACAUUUUAUCAAGUUGUAUUGAACAUUAUUAUCAUAUUGUCUUUUUAUACUAAUGCAUGCAAUGUAUAUAUUUGCAUUUUGUUUGAUUUUUAUGAUGAGGGCCUCAGGGAAGAUUAGUUAUAUAGUUAACUGUGUAACCCUCUUAAAAUAAAGUAUUGUUGUUGUU